AUGGAAAGUAACAGUACGAAAAGUAUUGCAGAAUUAACGAUACCAACCAAGGGAAUAUUUGGAAUGCAACAAAGUAGUUGGGUGGAAAGCCUUGAAAAUGAUGAUGAAAAUGUGGCCCAGAAAAUGAAUCCAAUAGCAACGGAUAGAAACAAAUCUCGAACAACCAUUUCACAUUGUGAAUCAUUUGAUAACGACAAUUCAAACGUAAAUCAAAUUAGCAGCCCGUCAAUUUCUUCCGCGGAAUCUUCUGGAUUCGAAAAAAUUACUAUAUCUUCCGUACCAAAUACACAAACAAUACGUGAACGAAUACGAAAAACGGUAAUACAAGAAAUGGAAGAGAAACGUGAUACCGCAAAAUUGAAUAAACGAUUGCAACGUCAGCAGCGAAAUAAAUUAACGAAUCAGGAUUCUUUAAGAAGUGUUACAGAAAUGAAUCAAGAAGAACUUGACAGACAAAUUGAACAUUCCAUGAAGUGUUAA